AUGGAGUUCGAUAAAAACUACAGAGAUGAUAUUGCUUUCGAGCCCAUAUUUUUAUCAGAGAAUUGCUCGAAACCCCAUUUCGGAGACGGGUUUUCUUUAGAAAAUUCCUCAUCAAAUGGAUAUUUUGAAGAAAAUCACUGUUUUGAUCAAUUUCAUGUUGAUGGGUCAUCAUCAAAUAUGAAAUUUGGGUUUCCAAGUGCGUAUUUGUAUCAACUGGAAACACUAGCAAAUGGAUAUUCAACAGUUUUGGAUGCUUCCGAGUCUAAGCCUUUCAUAAACGAUUGUGGAAUGGGGACACUUGGUUUACUGUAUUCUCCUCAGAUGACUCCUGUAGUCGAUGUGAUGGAACAAGAUACAAGUCAUCCUCCUCUGAAUUUCCAUGAAAUUGAAUCGUCUGGCUUCGAGUUUUCAGAUGAAAUUUCAUGCAUUACUGCAAACAAUGAAUUUUAUAGGAAAGUUGGCUUGAACAAGAGGGGUGUGUCGAUGAGAAAGACAAGCAAGCUUCGUACCAGACACAACUUAGUUAAAGGGCAAUGGACCACUGAAGAAGACAGACAAUUAGUCGAAUUGGUGAAAGAGUAUGGAAUGAGAAAAUGGUCUCAAAUUGCUCAGAAGUUGAAUGGGAGGAUAGGAAAACAAUGUCGAGAGAGAUGGCACAACCAUUUAAGGCCUAAUAUCAAGAAAGAUACAUGGAGUGAGGAAGAAGACAGAAUUCUAAUUCAAGUCCAUGCAGAAAUAGGAAACAAAUGGGCAGAAAUCGCAAAAAGGUUACCAGGAAGAACCGAGAACUCCAUAAAAAAUCACUGGAAUGCAACCAAAAGAAGACAAUUCUCAAGGCGAAGAUGCCGAAGCUCCAAGUGUUCCAAAUCAUCAGCAAGUUCCCUCCUACAGAAUUACAUCAUGAGCUUGACUGCAGUAUCAACCAAGACGGAUCAACUACACAUCAUGCUCACCAACUCAAACAUGCUGCCUGUUCAUACCACGCUAAGAUCACCAACUCAAGUAGAGAGUACAGAUUCUUGCUCAGCUGAUCAUUUAGUCUCUGAUUAUGAUUUUGGUGAUACAACGGAUUUCUCUUCGGGCACCAAAUUAUUUCCUGAGAGAUGCAGCAUUGAAUCUUUACUUGAGGAGAUGCCCUAUGCAUCUAUUGUGGAUGAGAAAAGUUUGAAGAUGGAUAUGCCUUUAGAUAUGUCUCCGUUGAUGGAUGGUGAAGUGAUCAAGAGGGAAAUGGAUUUGGUGGAGAUGAUCACUCAAGGCAACAGCUAA